AUGCUCGUUUCAUAUGUAGGAAUAACAAGUAAUCAACAAAAGCGUCGUAUUCGUCAGAUUGUCCCAUAUGGAAAUGCUUACGGCACCAAUACUGGUAUAAAUCAGCAACAACCGUAUUAUCUUGGCAAUAUAAACCCACAAGUUCUCUUCGGUUUCGUCCCGCCCAAUACUUGCGUCUGUUCGUGUUCAUCUAUUACCUAUAAUCCACUCCAGACAUGUUCAAAUUCACAAGCAUGUCUUUUAUCCUGUUCAACGACUUAUUCGAACUGUGUCAGUAACGCAAUUCAGGCGGUAUGCUGUGGUUCAGACUGUAUUAAUUACGGUAAUACAGCUCUCGCCGCCACAAAUACGGAUCAAUGUCGGUGUAAUUGUGGUGGUGGUACAUACUAUCCACCAACAACUACAUCGUCGUCAUGUUCAAGUCCACUUUCUUGUGCACAAACAUGUAUGCAAGCUUAUCCUACUUUAUGUUACACGUCUAAUACGCAGGGAUGUUGUGGAAUGAAUUGUGCUAUGUAUUCUCAAACAGCAUCUAUAUGUACGUGCUACUGUCAACGAGGUACAUUUAAUCCUGCACCAUCAUGUACAAAUGGUCAAUCGUGUAUGAGCACUUGUCUCACCACCUAUUCAGAAUGUGCUCCUCGAACAACGCAAGCCUGUUGUGGUGGAGAUUGUGCUAACUACAUACCUACGUGUCGAUGUGACUGUGGAAAUGGUUUCGAUCAAUUAACAUCGAUCCCUUGUACAUCGGGUCAAUCAUGUGUCGAGACAUGUAUUAACAACUACGGCGCUUGUAACCGCGAGAAUAUCGUUGCCUCGUGUGCUGGUGACAUCAUUCUUCCACAAGCCCCGAUGUGUACAUGUAACUGUGGUUCCAUAUCAAUGUCAAAUAAUCAACAAUGUUUUAAUGGUCAAACGUGUAUUCAGUCGUGUCUACAAACACUCGGCGAUAGUCAACAAUGUACAACAAAUUCGAUUCAUGCCUGUUGUGGAUCGAAUAACUGUGCCACUUAUAAUACACCGACGUGUAUGUGUCAAUGUCAAGACUCAAAAAAAUAUUAUCCACAAGGAAUUGGUGCUUGUACAGAUGGUGUAUCGUGUGAAGGUCUUUGUAUUAAUUACUGUCCAACGGAUAAAUCACUGUAG